GCAGCCGCGGCGAGUGGGGGGCGGGGCCCGCGGCCGCCGUGACGCCCCGGGGCGCCCGCCUGGCCCCGGGCGCGCAGAGCACGCGCGAGCUGUCGCUGCCGGAGUGGUCCGGCUGCGGGGUGGCGCGCCCGCUGGGCCGCUGCGGGGUCCUGUCCCUGCCGGCUGGCGCAGCAGCCCCGGGGCUGUGCUCUCCGCCGGCGUCGCCAGUGCCGCCCCCGCAGCCCUACCCGCAGGCCCCGCGCAGCGCGCCCGCCCCCGCGGCGGAGCUGCCGCCCUCCUCGCCCGCGCUGCUGUUGCGGAGCCCAGCGUGUCCCUGCGCGGGGGCGGUUUCGGCCUUCGUGUUGGUGGGCGCCCCGCCGGCCGCCUGGCCGCCCCUCGCCUGCGCUCCCGGCCGCCCCGACGGCGCUCCCGCC